AUGAGUGCUCCAAUGACCAAAUUUAGCAAAGUAGAAGAUGAAGCUCUGGUUGAAUGUGUUGCUAAAAAUCCGCCAAUUUAUAAUCCUCAAAACAAGGAUUACAAAGAUUUAAAUAUUAGAGAGGCCAUUUGGAAAAUAUUAGUUCUAUAUUCUUCUUCAAAAAGAAUUUUCAAUAUAUUUACGUCGUCAGAUGUAUCCAUUAUAAUUUAA